GCUGACGGAGCGCACGCGGAACGAGCUGACAGCCGAGGAGAAGCGCCGAGCUCAUCAAAAGGAAUUAGCAACGCAGCUUAACGAGGAGGCGAGGCGGAGGCUGACGGAGCAGAAGGGGGAGCAGCAGAUCCAGAAGGCACGGAAAUCCAACAUCUCCUAUAAGAACCCAUCGCUGAUGCCCAAGGAGCCCCACAUCCGCGAGAUGAAGAUCUACAUCGACAAGAAAUACGAGACCGUCAUCAUGCCUGUCUUCGGCAUCGCCACCCCCUUCCACAUCGCCACCAUCAAGAACAUCAGCAUGUCCGUGGAAGGAGAUUACACCUACCUCCGUAUCAACUUCUACUGCCCCGGCAGCGCUUUGGGCCGCAACGAAGGCAACAUUUUCCCCAACCCCGAAGCCACCUUCGUCAAGGAAAUAACCUAUAGGGCAUCCAACAUGAAGACCCCAGGGGAGCAGUCGGUGCCGGCCCUCAACCUGCAGAACGCUUUUAGGAUCAUCAAAGAGGUCCAGAAACGAUACAAGACCCGAGAGGCCGAGGAGAAGGAAAAGGAGGGCAUCGUGAAGCAGGACUCGCUGGUGAUCAACCUGAACCGCAGCAACCCCAAAUUGAAGGAUCUCUACAUCAGACCCAACAUCGCCCAGAAGAGAAUGCAGGGAUCCCUGGAGGCUCACGUCAACGGCUUCCGUUUCACGUCGGUGAGGGGCGACAAGGUGGACAUCCUGUACAACAACAUCAAGCACGCCGUGUUCCAGCCCUGCGACGGCGAGAUGAUCAUCGUGCUGCACUUCCACCUCAAGAACGCCAUCAUGUUUGGGAAGAAGAGGCACACAGACGUUCAGUUCUACACGGAGGUGGGCGAAAUCACCACGGAUCUGGGCAAGCAUCAGCACAUGCACGACCGCGACGACCUCUAUGCUGAGCAGAUGGAGCGGGAGAUGAGGCACAAACUGAAGACGGCCUUCAAGAACUUCAUUGAGAAAGUGGAGGCUUUGACCAAGGAGGAGCUGGAGUUCGAGGUGCCCUUCAGGGAGCUGGGCUUUAAUGGAGCCCCGUACCGCAGCACCUGCCUCCUCCAACCCACCAGCAGCGCUUUGGUCAACUGCACCGAAUGGCCUCCCUUCGUGGUGACGUUGGACGAGGUGGAGCUGAUCCACUUUGAAAGGGUUCAGUUCCACCUCAAGAACUUCGACAUGGUCAUCGUCUACAAGGACUACAGCCGAAAAGUCACCAUGAUCAACGCCAUCCCCGUCGCCUCCCUGGACCCCAUCAAGGAGUGGCUCAACUCCUGCGAUCUCAAGUACACGGAAGGGGUGCAGUCCCUGAACUGGACCAAAAUCAUGAAGACCAUCGUGGACGACCCCGAAGGUUUCUUCGAGCAGGGGGGGUGGAGCUUCCUGGAGCCCGAGGGGGAGGGCAGCGAGGCGGAGGUGGGGGAAUCAGAAUCGGAGAUGGAGGACGAAACCUUCAACCCAUCGGAGGAGGACUAUGAGGAAGAGGAGGAGGACAGCGAUGAAGAUUAUUCCUCUGAGGCCGAAGAGUCGGAAUAUUCCAAGGAGUCGCUGGGCAGUGAAGAGGAGAGCGGCAAGGAUUGGGAUGAGCUGGAGGAGGAGGCCAGGAAAGCCGACCGCGAGAGCCAAUACGAGGAAGAGGAGGAGCGCGGGCGCGGGAGGAAGAGGAAGGCGGCGACCCACAGCCUGCGUGGGGCCACCCCCAAAAAGAAGAGGAAGUGACCCCAAAACCCCCCCCAAAACCCCCCCC